CAGCAACAUCAGCAGCAACAGCAACAGCACCAUCGGACAGCAGCAACAACAACAGACAGCAACAACAACAUCUCUCGCAUAGAUGCAGUCAAUACGUCGCUUGGUUCUUGUCGGCCUCUUGGCCGCGCUGAGCGUCUGCGCCUUUGCUAAGCCACAUGGCUGGAGCAGUGGAGGCGGCGGUGGCAGCGGCUGGUCAUCGGGUGGCGGCGGCGGCGGUGGCUGGCCUAGUGGUGGCGGCGGCGGUGGCUCCUCUGGCUGGUCAUCCGGUGGCGGCUCCUCUGGCUGGCCCAGCAAGAUAAGCAUCAGUGCCUGGCCGUCCAGCGGCGGUGGCGGUAGCAGCGGUUGGUCCUCUGGCGGAGGCGGCGGUGGCUGGAAAAGCGGUGGAGGCGGCGGCGGUGGUGGCUGGAAACUGAGCUCCGGCGGCGGUGGCGGCGGCGGAUUGGGCGCUGGUUGGUCUAGCGCCUUGUCUAGCCUCUCUGGCUGGAAAUCUCAAGCGCUGUCUGGUCUCAGCAGCGGCUGGAAGUCUGGCGGCGGUGGUGGUGGCGGCUGGAAGUCUGGUGGAGGCGGCGGCGGUGGCUGGAAAAGCGGCGGAGGAGGUGGUGGCUGGAAGAGCGGCGGUGGCGGUGGCAGUGGCUGGUCCUCCGGCGGUUCAAGCGGCGGCUGGAGCUGGUAGAAGUCCAUCCAUAACAAAUCACUGAGGCGACACUAAAAAGAAUCUACAACUGUACAUAAAAAAAACAAACAAUCUCUACUGCUUUAUCUAGCAAUUUUUU